UCAUCAGACAUUUAUUGUAAACAUGGCUUCCGUGAUAACAGCCACCUCGGAGUGGAUUCAGUUUUUUAAGGAUGCUGGGAUCCCGGUUGGCCUCGCAGUCACUUAUGCAGUCUCCUUUGUGGACAACAGAAUUCACAAGAACAUGCUGAUGGACCUCAGUAAAGACAUCAUGAUGGACCUCGGCAUUACAGUCAUUGGCGACAUAAUUUCCAUUCUUAAACAUGCAAAGCUGGUCUACAGGCAGGACAUGUGCAAAAUGGCCACAGAAGCCAUCUCCUCAGGACAGACCAGUGUUAAAGCUGAUCUCAGGAGAACUGCCAAUUCUCCUGCCACUCGUAUGAUUGCCAAUGCUUUGAGAAAGGACUCCCCACCGCCCACUCCACCCCGUCGACCUGACAACCACCUCUCGGUCACAGUGUCCAACAUGCAAGCAAACAAGAACGGCAAAGCAGUUGUAAGUCAGUCAGCUGACGAGGGGAACAGUUUAACAGCAGUGAAGCGCCGACGUGUGACAGCUGAGAUGGAAGGCAAGUACAUCAUCAACAUGCCCAAAGGUUCCACACCUCGUACACGCCGCAUCCUGACCCAGCAGGCCAAGAAAGGUUUGAAGCGGACCUCUGUGUUUUCGAGACUUGGGGCUGAAUCACAGGAAGACACGACCGCAAGCACGACCAAGCCCACCGGUGUGUUCAGUCGUCUUGGCCAAGGGGAUGAAGCGGAAGACGAGCCGCAGCCGGGCAAGAUGUCCAGCAGCAUCGACGUAGACGACGAGGUGGACAGUGAUGGCGAAGGCUCCGUCGUCCAGUAUGCUGGCGUCCUCAAGAGAUCCCCUCCCGUCCUGAAGAAAAAACCCGCCAGAAAGUUGCGGCGGACCACCCUGCGACGCCUGGGAGGCAAACUACCUCCCUCUGACACGCCCUCCUCCUUGUCCUCGAAUGGCCUCCCCCCUGCCAAGGUCAGCGUGCUUCAGAGACUGGGCAAGCUGCCCGCCACACACCUGAGCGCCGCUGUGUCACCCGCAGCUGCCGACACGCAGGACAACAGGGUGACGAGCACGAGGCCCAAAGCCCAGGAGGGACUCUACUUAGCGAGCUCCAAGGUCAGCAGCAGCACCGGGGCUGGAGGAGGAGGAAGAGGAGGAGGAGGAGGAGGAAACGAAGAAGGGGGAGGGGGAGCAGAGCCUCUGGGUGCCCAGAUGGACAUUAGUGCUGUCAGUGUUUUUAAGAGGCUGGGCAACAAGAGACCCUAAUGCAAAAGUCUAUUACUUUAUGUCCUUUAUAGAAUCGUAUCACUCCUUUUCCUGGUGACAUGCACGACUGCAGAUUUGAGUGCUGUGUGUUUAUGGUCAGUUGUAUUGCUGCUUUUUGGCUUUAGGCUCUUAGAUAAAGAUACUUUUUUUACAUUUUAGUCGCGCUGCCAUAGGAACUUUUUGUUUAGUGUCUACGCUUUUAAUUUGAGGACUCAAAGUUCUCAAUCAUAUCUGCCAAUUAUAGUUAUAAAAAAAUGUAUUUAACUAUAUUUGCGAACUUAAGGCAUGAGCAUGACAUCAACCGAGCUGCUAAUGGUGGUUUUAUUUUUUAUUUGAUCCAUUAACUCCACAUAUAAAGAUGCUGCUUCCUAAACGUCUUCUUUUUGAGAUUCCACCCGAAUGAAUACAACGAGAAGUUGAAGAUAUUCCCCCACGGUGAAAUAUUGGUCCUUUUGUUAUUUACCUGAAAAUGAAUUGUUUUUCAUGGGGGGGGGGGAAGGUACACACUUUAGACGAGUGAAGUUUAUUCUUUAAACUAACACACAAGAACAUCGUCCGAUGGAAGACUCGCCAUGAAGUGAUGGUAAAUCUUUUUAUUUCUAGUUGCCUUCAACACCUUUAAGUACCUCCUUGAAGAGAUGUCACCGCCCUGGACUGAAGGGAAAACACUGCUCUUCUUCUUCUGCGUGGAGUAGAACGUCUCACCUCUAAACUCUAGAGGCCCACGUCAACCUCUCUACCAUUGUACUGAACGUUUUCUAUCGCUACCUAUUUGAAGGCCGGGUCAGUAGAAUAUUGUUUCUUUCGAAAUGCAAUGUAUAGAUUUGUUAGACUUGAUUUCACACGGCACAGAACCAGUUAUUGCUGCAUAUUUUUCGAUGUGGACAUUCUUGUAUCCUGUCUGGGUCGUCAUCACCUGUGUGUCAUUGUUGGUCUUUCUUCACACCACAACUUUGUUACACUGUAAAUAUUUUAAAUGUAAAAAAAAAAAAAAACACAAAAUGGAAUUGUUUUAAAGAACAAGGUAGAUUCAAACACGCCGGGAACUGAAAAAAGUAUGCUUGGAAAAUAAUUAAAAGAGGAAAAUGGUCCAAACUGC